AUGGCUAUCCACGAUGCAAACUAUAUCGUUUCAACCUCUGAAUUCUCUAGCGGUGUACUAAUCUCCAACUUUCUCUUGUUCAAUUUUAUCAUAAUUUCACAUUCUUCAUUAUUAUCAAAUACAACAACAACAACAACAACAACAACCACCACCACAAAUACUAAGUCCACUUUGCAUAGGUCGGGUUAA